CGGGAUUGGCGAAGGAGGCAGCAGUGCGGAAGUGUCAGUCAUGGACGAGUACGAGAGUGUGUUACUAGUUAAAAAUGAGGUAUUUGUCUACAGAAUACCUCCCCGAACGACAAACAGAGGAUACAGAGCAGCAGACUGGAACCUGGGCACCCCAGAUUGGACAGGUCGAAUGCGCCUUGUGAACAGAAAGCAAGAGUGCAUCGUUAAACUUGAGGACAAGACUACAGGGGAAUUAUUUGCCAAAUGUCCCAUUGACAAGUACCCAGGCGUAGCAAUUGAGCCAGUUACAGAUUCAUCGCGGUAUUUUGUAUUGAGAAUACAGGAUGAAGGGGGACGAUCGGCCUUCAUUGGGGUUGGCUUCGGUGACCGUUCCGACAGCUUUGACCUGAAUGUGGCGUUGCAGGAUCACUUCAAGUGGAUCAAGAAGGAGGAAGAAGCCGAGAAGGAGAAAGAGGAAGGAAAACCAUCACUAGAUCUCGGUUUUAAGGAGGGAGAAACCAUCAAAAUCAACAUGAAGAUUACGAAAAAGGAAGGCCAGGAUGCCACAAGCAGGCCCAAACCCAAGGCUCCAGCUGGAGGUGGUUUGGGCCUUCUUCCUCCUCCCCCUGGUGGAGUAAAGCUGGCUCCUCCACCUGGAGGUGCUGGGGCUGCCACGUCCUCUCCCACAGCCACCCCGUCUGCCCCCUCAAAUGCUGACUUACUAGGUGGUCUCGUGGGCCCACCGAGCUCAAGUGUUGCUCCACAGGCAGCGGGCAAUGCGGAAUCCUGGGGCGACUUUACCAGUGCUGCACCAAAACCACCUCCCCCUGCCAGUAACUCAGCCAGUGGAGGCUCAGGAGGCAGUGGCUGGGUCACCUUUUAGAUACCACAGCAGAGACGAAUAUACAGCUGGAACAUGGACGCUAUGCACUAGAAAUUUGGAAAAUACAUUUUUGGCUUAGAUGAUAUGUAUAUGUAUAUGUGUGUGUGUAUGUAUGUAUGUAAAUGAUAAAAAAGAGGGUUUAAGUACAGACAAUUUUUUCUUGUCUUGGCUAGAAAAUUGUACAGAAUGAAAUUUCAAAAUGAGACACAUACCACAAUAGGAUCCGUGCUUUAGUCUUCCCCACAGGAAAAUUAUUUUUAAAAUACCUCACUAUACCAGAUUUCCCCCCCCCCUUUCACUCUUUUUUUUAUACCAAGAAUGCAGAAUGGGGAAGUAAUGCUAUAUAUGCCAGAGACUAUUUUGUGCUUUGUAUGUCCAAAAUAGGCACAUGUAAGGAACUAAUUGAAACAACCAGACUGCUGGAGCAAGUAACUUGUAUUUUCAGCUUUCUUGCUUAGGGGUUAAGAUUGCAAAGGCACUAGUCAUAUGUGGAGUAAGAGCAUAUCAGCAUAUACUUUUUUUCCUCAUAACCAAAAGUCCCACAGAAAGGAACAUUGCCAUGAAUAGCUAAGAGACUUAUUGCACUUGCUGUGUGAAUGCUACAUUAAUAAAUGCUUAGAGAGAUGCACACUUCCCAUUGGCCAUCUGAGAUAAUGAUCUAUAAUAUCUAUCAUCUUGAAGGAGAGACUUGUUCAAGGCAUUCAUAUAUUUGGUGUUUUUUCUUUUCUUCUUUUUCAUUCUACAAGCACAUUCUUUUAUGAUGAAAAUUAUCAUGUACUCCCAUUCCUGAAAAAUCAUGGAUAACCCUCAUGGUAUAUUGAGUGUUGUUAAUGGAAGGGUUUUACUGUUAUAUAAUUUUAGGUCAAGGGCAAAAGUAAUCAUUAGCAAUUACUACAUAUCUAGAAAGUAAUCAGGUAUUUUAAAUGAUUAGGUAAAUGACCAAUCAUUUGUAGUGCAUGUAUGGCGUAACGUAACUCUUCCCAGAUAGAGGGAAAGUCCAUAGAGAUUCCUUUAUGACAAAGUGGACAAUAAUUGAAAUUGUUUGGGUGAGCGUAGCACUGUUACAGUUGUAUCGACUUUCUUGUUUUCUAUAUAUUAACUAGUUAUAUAUUCCUUUAGCUGAGACUAUGUUAUAAAUUCCUAUUGAAAGCAGUAAACUCUGUUAUGUAAUUGGAUUUUAUGUUCUUAAUGCUUAUUUAAAUUUUUGGUUUAUAUCUCUUCUUUUUCUUCUUUUUUUCUUUUUUCAAAGUUAUACCAUUAUUUAAUUGCUCAGAAAACUUAUUAAGACAUACAGUUUCCUUUUAGCAAACUAAUUUGUGUUGAAAAAAGUGGUCAAAAUAUCCAUAUACCUCAAUUUGUAAUUGAGUCAGAUAUUGCGAAAAAGUUUUUUUGUACCGCAGACUGAUUUACAUUUAGUGUUGUGAAUAAUGGUUAUUAACAUUUACAUGGACUAUAAAAAUGUUAUGUUAAUAAGCAGAACAUGUACACAAUUAAUUUGAGAUGUUUUAUAUCUGACUGGAAGAUACAGGUCAGUCCCAAUUUUUUAAAAAGGUGAGAUUGUUUAACAAAUUGUAAAGAGUUGUAUUCAAUAUAUUUUUAUUCCUUAUAAGGUUAAUAUACAAUUUAUCAGCAAUUCCAUGUACCUAGUUCAUUGUUGUCAAUAAGGAAGUGUUACUGAUAUUUUUAGUACCGUCAUCAGCAUUGGAAAAAAAGGAAAAAAAAGUAUAAUCGUAAUACAUGUAUAUGAAAUAAAUAUUGACUGUUUAGAAACAUAGUGUAGAUAAUAACUGUAGUGUAUUUGGAAGACUGUGUGUUCUUCCUUUCCCUCAUAGGGAAGGUAUGAGUUGUUUCUUAGAGACAUUAAAAGCUUCCUGUGCAAGCCAGAAACCCCUGUUGUGUUUCAACAAACGUGAUGAUGAAUCAUUCCUUUGUGUGUGGCUAAGGACAGGAUUGAGUAUUGGGGUGUGAUGUGCGUAGGUUCCUUCCUUCCCUUCUUCAUAGAGUAAUAGAGAGAGAAGCUUAGUUUGUAUUUAGAGAUGUAAAGUAUUUUUACAACACAGUUGCAAAAAAAAAAAGAUUUUUUCUUUUUUUCUUUUUUUAUGCACUCUUCAUUAGGAAAAGUUUAUUUGUCUUAGGCCUUAUUAUAUGCUGUUUUAUAGGAAGCUCUUUUCGCUCUUUUAUGGAAAGGGUGUCUGGGAAGGGAUGCAUAGCAGGACAUGAAUUUAUUCAGAAUUUGUAAGCAUUAUUAUUUUCUUUAGUAUUGGGUACAAGAAAUGGGGUGUUAAGUAUAUAACAUCUAUAUAAUGGAAAAAACAAAAAAUGAAUAUAUAUCUUGACCAUUUUACACAAAACUGGACUAACAUUGGAAAGCGUUUUUUUCAGAAGUUUAGACAUGGAAGUCCAGGGAAAUUGGGAUUGAAUGUGUAAUUUUUAAAAAUAGGUUUUUCAGUUUUAUUUGUUAUUUUCUUUGAGGAGGGUGUUGCAAGGGUCAGUGAAAGGAAAUUUUGAUUUUCCUCUAUUUGUGGAAAAUUAAAUACUUUAGAUUUCUUGAAUCAGUAGGGACCUUUUACUAGUUUCACCAUCCUCGUUUUGCUUUCCUUAAGAUGCCAUUUGUUCAUAUUAUGAUAAAUUUCAUAUAUUUUAUAUUUUUUACAUCGUUGUCAAGGAACAAAUAAAUUGUUGAAAAAUAAGAGGUGGCUUCGCAUCUGCGUGAAUUUUUAAUUGUCCUUGUUAUUGUUGUUGGACAUGCUCUCUCAAGAAAAAUGGUGGAAUAGGAAUAAUGGUAAAAUACUUGUUCAUCACUAUGCAUAUUCUAAGAGUUUAUUCUGAAUUUUAAAUACUUUUAUUUAUGAUUUUUUGAAUGAAUACCAUUUCUAUUGUGUUCAUGUGAAAAUAUAUUGUGAUGGAACAUAAUACAUUCACUUUGUUAAAGGCAAUAUGAAGUGAUUAAGUAAAAGUGUUCAUCAUAAUGCACAUUCCUACAGCUAAACAAUCGAAUAAAAUUUUUGUAACAUUUCUAUAUUAAUUUCCUGUGUUCAGUUACCACGAGUUCAGUUACAGGCCUGUCAUACUACAGUAUAUUAGUAGUGUAAUAAUAAUGUUGUUCUUUCUUUUUUUCUUUCCUAUACUACUGUUACUUUUUGUCAUUAUUAUCAUUAUAUGGGCUUAUUAUUACCUCUCAAUCUUACAUUGUAAAUAAGUAGCCUUUUUUAUUCUAAGUUUUAUUGGCAUUGUUCAUCUUUUUCCAUUAAUUGCACUUCAGUUUUCCUCUGACAAACUUUGUACUUACAUUAUCGCAUGAAUAUGUGAUUUAUUUUUAAGAUCCAAUUUUCAGUCUUUAUGCCAUGGCCACUCACAACACAAAAGUUGUUUGUAGUUGAAGAAUGAAUGUGAUAGUUCUAUUUUUUUGUCUAGAAAUCACAUUGAAGCAUAAUGUUUGUGGUAGUUGAGAUGUUUUUGAGGAGAAAGGAAAGUUCCUGGUGUAUAGAAGCACAUUUUAUUACUAAAUUCAGGCUUAUUUUGUAACCAUGUGUAAUUUUUAUUUUAUGAUUGUUGUGAUUUUAUUAUUUUCUUUCUGUUUACAGUUGGGUAUUGCAGUUGGAGAUUAGGAAACUUGUUAAACUUGACUCAGUCAGUAUAUGUGAAGUACCUAAACUACAUGAAAUAAAAAAUAAUGAAAGAAAAGAGCUGUGUUGAUUUGGAAGCUCCAUUUUAUUUGCAAUAUAUGAUUGGUUUGUGUGUAAGCUGUCGUCAGAAUGAUGCAGAUGAAUUGAUUACUAUUUUAUUUAUUUUAUUUUACAUGAAGCAUUACAAUUUCUUUACCUCUUUUAUAUUUAUCUGAUUAUUUUUUCAUAUAGAAAAUAGGUACUAUACAAUUAAAAAAAAAAAGUUUUUUGCUAGGUCACUGUUUAGAUUAUUUUGAUCACUUUGCUGUUGGGCCACAAUGUUAGUGUUGCCUGAAUAGACUUAAAAGGUUUUAUGGUUGUGCAGUUCAGAAUAAAGAUGGAGUUGG